AUGGCUACCGCAGAACAACAAAUCACCCACCUCCGCUCCCUUCUGGACGUACUAACCACCUCAACCAACGACCUCAUCGCCGAACUCUCCUCGUCUUCGUCUACCGAGUCCAAAGCACGCAACAAAGCCACAUCAGACCAUCAAGAUAUUCGCAUCCCGAGAAAUCACAAGGCAGAGGAGGCCCGCAAGCGCAUCAUCGCCGCCACGGCCUCGAUCACGGCGGCCGUGUUGACGCCCCAGUGGCGCCUCGGCCACCUGGCUCACAGCUACCACGUGUCUCGCGCGCUGCACAUGGCCGUCGAGUGGGAGAUACCCCAGCUGCUGGAGACCAAUGGUCCCAUGCGCCUCGAAGCCCUCGCCUCCAAGACGGGCGUUGUCGACACGGGCAAGCUGGGGCUCGUGAUGCGGACCCUGUGCGCGCACCACGUCUUCACCGAGACGACCCUCGACGUCUUCGCCAACGAUGAGGCGUCGACCGCCCUCGCGACCGACGAGUGCCUCGCCAACUCGGUGCGCUACGCCUCCUUCGUCUUCCCCGCGGCCGACGUGCUUCCGAGCCUCCUUAAGGACCCGGUUCUCUGUGCUAGCUACGCACCACGAGACUCAGCCUUCUCCAAGAGCGUCGGCAACGGCAUGGGCCUGAUAGAAUACCUGAACGCGCACACCGAGUGGCGUGACUGCUUCAAUCUCUGGCUCGCCUCGACGAGCGAGUACCUGCACGGGCUGACCGACGUGCGCGGGUACCCUUGGGAAUUAACCCUUCGAAAUGGCGCCGUGAUCGUCGACGUCGGCGGCGGAAUCGGCAGCUCGAUUCAGGCCUUGCGGACCAACUUCCCCGACCUCCAGAACGACUUUGUCGGCAUCGUUCAAGACCUGCCCGGCAUGAUCGAGCACGCCACGUCCUACUGGCAAAAGACGGACCCGCAGGCGUUAGCCACGGGCGCGGUCAAGCUCACCGCGCACAACUUUUUUGAUGAGAAUCCCGUCAAGGGCGCCGAUGUGUACUGGUUCCGGUCUGUCAUUGUGGACUGGCAGAACGACGACUUGACCACGAUAUUCACGCACAUCAAGAACGCCAUGGCGCCCGGAAAGUCACGCUUGCUCAUCGGCGAGUACAUGAUGCACCCGACGUGCGGCGACACCCUGCUACCCGAUGCGCCAUCCCCGUUGCUGAAGAAUUAUGGCGAGUUUCAGGCCAUGGGGCUCAUCUCGGGAUUCGUUCUGGCCGUCAGCGCCAACGGUCGUCAGAGAACUUUCGAUGACUUGAGUAAUGUUGUUGGGGCGGCUGGCUUAAAGAUUACGAAGGUGUGGAUUUGCCGUGGUCUGGGGAAUGUCAUUGAGUGUCGGUUGAAGGAGGAUGUGUAG